CUCUCCUUUUUUUUUUCUUCUCUCUCUCUCUCCAUCACAUCUUGGGUUGACUAAUCCUCUGCGCUUUCGGUUUGGAGUAAGAAUAAGUGUUCAUCAGUUAUCGUUCGCCCUGGCACUGGUGACAUCCAGCAGCUCCCUGCAGAAGGGGAACACCGGCACAUCACUGAAGACCCUGCCUGUUGUGCUGCGCAUUGGUGGCCGUGCGCUGCUGCUGCUGCUUGUGCAUUACAAAGGAGAGAGAGAUUUUGUCAACCCACCACGGAUUUGUCAGAGCUGACAUUCUGCACGAAAUAAAAGCUCAUGAUUCAUCCGGACUCUCGCCCUCCGGCCCGGGAGAAAACACAGUGACGCGCUGGUUUUGUAACUUCUCAUUUUCCGUCAACCUGAACAAGUGUCAUCUCAGUCGUCCCCCAUGAACGGUCACAGACCCGCUCUCCUCAGCACGUUAUUUUUCAUACGUUGUGCGCAUUAGUUUUUGUAUAGCAUCCACUUAAAAAAAAAAAAAAAAGAAAAAGAAAAGAAAAGGAAAAAGCUGAAGCAGAAACACAUGUGAAUGAGACUCCGUCACCUGUCCCGGUGGAAGCGCCCGCACAACCCGACUGACUGACCGACACCGAAGAGGAAUACGUGCCGAAGUUUCGCUGUAGUGAUGCUGCAAGUGGAAAUGGUCCUCUUCGUCUGCCUGGUGCUGCUGAUGUGUGUAUUUAGUCAGGAGCCCAGCUCGAAAGUGGUGGCAGACCGAUACGCCGUCUUCUGGAACCGGACCAACACCAAGUUCCAUCGUGGAGACUAUCACAUCGACGUGUGCAUUAACGACUACCUGGAUGUCUACUGUCCUCACUAUGAAGACACAGUGCCUGAGGAACGGACGGAGCGCUACGUCCUCUACAUGGUCAACUAUGAUGGCUACAGCACAUGUGACCACACCGCCAAGGGCUUUAAACGCUGGGAAUGCAACAGGCCGCACUCCCCAAACGGACCUCUCAAGUUCUCGGAAAAGUUCCAGCUUUUCACUCCUUUCUCCUUAGGCUUCGAGUUCAGGCCGGGCAGAGAAUACUACUACAUCUCCUCUACCAUCGCUGAAAACGGGAGGAAAACAUGCCUGAAGCUCAAAGUUUUCGUCCGACCAUCAAACAGCUGUGUGAAAACUAUAGGCGUACAUGACCACGUUUUUGAUGUAAACGACAAAGUAGACAAUACAUUAGAACCACGAGAUGAUACCAGCCACGAACCGGCUGAGCCUUCCCGAAGUGAAACAAACGCUGUGCCACAACUGAGGAAAUCGAGUCCGCUUCUGGCUUCGUUGCUGGUCUGCUUAGCAGCACUCUUCACUUUAUAGCGCCUCCCUCUGUCCUGGAGGUCAUUUUACACCUAGUGUUGCCUGAAUCUGCCCGAGGCUGCAGGGUAGGGGUGGGAUUUGGGUUGGAUUGCUUGAUUUAGGGCAUACGAGCAGGCUUCUCAAGGAACCCUCUAUUUUUUCCAGAAAAAAAAAAAAUAUUUAAGUGGUCUUUCUCCGUCUGUGAGUGAAAAAAGUUGAUGUUAGAAGUGGGAGAGACAGUUUCCCCUCUUAAACUUUCAACUAAGAUGCCAAAUCCCAAUUUUUGACACUUAGUGAUUCUUAUUUUCCCGUGACUUUUUGACAUCCCUUUACAUCCCAUUUGUGUCAUUGCAGCACUGAUGUUUUUACAUACACACACACACUCACACACACACUCACACACACACACACACACACACACACACACACACACACACAUACAGAUAGAAUUGUAGAGUCAAAUACAUAAAUGUCUCUACACAGUAGGGUUUUUUUACAAUGUGUACACAGUAGCAGUAGGGAAGUGAAGAGUUUAGGUCCUAGAAACGACUGUACAUACACACAUAAAUAGUUACCCCGAGACCUCUCCAGAAGCCUUACAGAAAAGAAUUUGAUGAAAUUCUGCUGGGUCACAAGAAGGAUAUUUUGCGCGCCUUCGGUUUACGGUGUCGUCUCGUACUUCGCUGGCUGAAGGAUGAACAUGUCGGAGUGGAAAUGUAGUGUCUUUAAACGGAGCAGAAACCACAGCACUGAGGAUGACGUACACGGCAUGCACCUUAUUAAACCGUCUUGGUUUAAUGAAAAUGCUUCAUUUUCUUCUAAAUGUAAAGUCAAUUUGAAGGUGGAUUCGGCUCCUUGGAAGUCUGAGUAAGAGUAGGUAAAAACCUACAGAACCGGCGAGUGUGGAUCACGUCCAAUUUGCUCAUCGCAAUAAAUCUCAGUGCAUCAGGUUCACUCACUAAACAACUGAAAUUGAAGCUUUCUCACCAGACAUUCUGCUAUUUAGAUCAAAGAUCUAUAUCUUUUGGAAGUUGAUCACACAAUUUCACGGCAGCAGUCACAGUGAUUUAAUGCAAUGUUUACUGAGCUGGGCUGCGAUUGUUCUCUCUCUUCCAUUUGAGUAUUAGUCAAUAUUAACACUCCUUUGAACAUUUGCAUCCAUCGCCUUUCCCCCCUUCAAUAUUGAUUGUUAAAUAGUUUUUAUUUAAAAAAAAAAAGUGCUUCAAAAUUGACUCUUGUCUCUCAUUUUUCAUUUCUAAAAACAUCAUCUCACUCUGCCCCAUUAAGCACUCUCUUUAAUGAUAAAAGCAAAAAAGUAAAAUGUAGAUUUUUUUGCAGGAGUCAGACGAAGGGGCUUGUAACAACACUUCAAUCACAGUGCUAUAUAUUAUCCUCCUUAAAUAGAAAAGUAGCAAUAACCCCAAAUUGUGUUAAUUUAUAGGUAGAUGCUUGUUGCACUCGGUUCAUUGCGGCAGUCAGGACGGCGUUGAUAGGACUGAUGCAUCGCUCCAAUUAGUCGAAAUCACAUUGUGUAAACAGAGACGCCAUCCAUUAACUUCAGGCGACGCGCGGCUCUAUUUAGUCCAGCUAGGUUUAUGUUCGCACUUAAAUUCAAAGGAAUUCGCCGUGCAAUAAUGAUAUUCCGCUUCCUUCCACUCCCACAGAUGCACACGGUGAGUUAGCGUAAUGACAGCUUUUAUGUCUGUCUUUUUCACCGGGACUUGUUCCUUUGCGUUCAAAGACGACCGAGCAGAUUUAUAAAAAAAAAAAACCAAAUAAAUAAAUAAAUAAAAACUGAACUCCUGAAACAGACUUCUGUUCAGAGCCGGGUUGCUGUGUGAGAAAUGAGGCGCCAAUUGGUUCGGAAAGAGAGACAGAAAUGGAGAAAAGGAGCGCAGGAGCAGUCGCAUGUCCACCUUCAGCUCCUCGUGUUACUGGUUUAAGUGACUCUUUAAUGAGGUUCAAAAUGACAGGCAUGUGGACCCCAUGUUGUGGCAAGGGGAGUUAUUUCUGGUAUUAAAAAUAGAUGGUGGAAGGCUCGGGGGGGUCUCGGGAGGGGUGGGGGGGGGGGGGGGGUGUAGAUUUCCACCGCGGGGGGUUUUAAAGCACCAAUGACCUUGCAGUUUGAGAGAAUCGGUGAGUGAAGGAGACGGAGGGAAUUAAAGGGAGAGACGCACACACUGAGAUAGGAAGACACGGGAGGUAGCCGAAGGUAGUGUGACUAGAGUGCCUAACAAAACAAACCGAGACAAAAAAAAAACAGAAGAGUUCAUCCAACACUACUGGAAGAACAGCUAAUUCAAUGACAAACAUGUUGUUCACUACAAUUCAAUCUCAAAGGCAUGCACUGUUGUUGUUUUUUAAGUUUGUUGUUGUUUUUGUGGCUGCCUUUUUAGAUUUAUUUUCCCCCCCUAGAAAGACAGCCUUUGUCUUUUGCUAUGUUGUUUUUUUUUUUUUUCUUUUGUGCUACAGUAACAAUGCUAUUACACAGGAAUAGCAGCUCAGCUAUGAGGGGUAAUAGGAGACAAGGCCAUUUAAUGAGGUACUAAUUUUCAGGAUAACACCACAGGGAAUAAGCACUGCGUAAGAUUCAAAAUGGACGCUUGUCUGCAGAUUAACACUAGACUCUUAUCCAAAAACCAGCUUCAAUUGUACUCCUAUGAUUACCAAUACUCGCUGUCAUCAUUGCCAUCAUUACCAUGAUUUCUUCUGUACACACCUGAACCUGGGAAAUGAGGAUCAACUUAUAUACUGGAUACUGUGUAUCCUGAGGUAGUCAACCAUAAAACAUGUAGUGUUAGGUCAGUAUCUGUUUUGUACCUUUCUGGAGGACAAGGAAAAAAAUGAGAUACAUCAUUGUUAAAACUGUAUAAUUAUUAUUAUUGUUAUGAUGAUGAUGAUUAUGACUAUUAUUAUUAGGAAAACUUCUUGAUGUAAAUAGUGUUUGAUAUUAAAGUAUUAAUUUGGUUCUUAUGUCUUUUCUAAAAAAUGAAUACCGUAUUAUCUCUGGGUUUUGCCGAGUGUGUACUGUCCUCAAAUAAUGCAUUGUGUGCUUUGAUCCUCAAUGCCUAUUGAAACUUUUGAGCUAAUACGAAGGGGAAACCUGUGGGAGCCGCACUCGCCCCGGUGCGCAGAAGGCUGGACGUUAGCCGACGAGAGGUUCACCUCUUUCAUGUUUCAGACCAGUCACCGACCUUCACCAUCUCUUCACACACGGAUCCUGCCUUGGAAAGACAGAAAAAAUUGUGGGACUUAACGGAUUUGUACCUUUUACCUUCAUGCCGGUCAACUCAAAGAUCAGGCAUGAGUGGGACUGUUGGCUUAUUUUAAUGGAAGGAUCUCACCUGUUUUUCAUUAUGUGGCAUGCGCAUGAACUUGAUGACGUUAAAAAAAAAAGACAAAAAACAAACAAAAAAAAAGUUUUUGAAAGGUUUUCUUUUUGCCGUUGCUUUCUUUUACUUUACGAUGUAUUAGAGUUUCAGAUCACUUUCAUGUUGUGUGUUUUUGCAUCCCCAUUUGAAUGAUGUCACAGAAAUGUGUAGUUACAGAUGACAAAUGUACAUAACGCAAAAACCAUUGUUGUGAAGUUGCAGUUGGGGGGGGUCAUUUUGUAGUUCAAACUUUUAGUUCCCUUUUCCUGAGAAUGACUCUGUGCCCAUCCACCGAAUUCACCCCAUGUAGCUGCAAUCUGUCUCCUUUGACUAUUCAUCCUCUGUCUGCUCUCAGCGGAGGAGGAGGAGGAGGUGUAGGAGCGUAUACAUCAGCGUGCAUGUUUUUCAGUGUGGUGAAGAAGAAGAAGAAAAAAAGACAUAAGUUUGAGUGUGCGUGCGUGUCUCAUUUGCUGUCGCUGCAGUGAAUGGGAAGCGGCAACCCUCUUUGGCAGCCAAGAGUGUUUCCCAUGCCUUAGCCCUUCAGCCUCUGCCCUGGCAGCCCCGUCUGUGUACAAGACGCUUUCUGCCAUUGUGCUUUUACACGGAACAGCUGCUGGCGUCGAAGAGACUACAACAGGGCCCUUCACUUUCUCCCUCUUUUUAACAACCCCUAAAUCACUUGUCGCUCCUGUAGACGCUGGUCCUGGGCACAGUUCAAGAAUUAGUUCGCCGCACUCUCCCUCUACCAAAUCCUAUGCCGGAUUGUUAGCAGGGGGGGAAAAAAAAAAAAAAACCUACCAUCGAUCCGGCUUCUCCGCAUCUCCGCUCCCUUCUUGCCGACGAGCCACUUGUUCAUUUUACGUCCCGUCUCACUCUUCUUGUGCUUGUAUAACCCCGACCAGACCACCUGCUGUCCUCCUUCCUUCACCUUUGAACCCCGCUCCCACUUUGCCAUCGGUGGGGAAUGUUUCCAACCUGCUCUUUUACAGUAUAUAAAGAACAACAAAAAAAAAAUUUGACAAAAAAUUAUCUGUAUUUGUAUAUACACGUGUCUGAGCAAGUAUGAGUAAUACAAUAAAACAGAAAUACAUUGCUUUAA